CAAGUUAACAUGUGGGUCGAAACAUGAGUACAUAGAUAGAAUAACAGGGCAUUUCUAAACUAAAAAUAAACAAGGCCAUGUGAAGGUCGUCUUCUCUGUGUGGGUCUGUCUUCUCUACUCAUAUUACACAUAACAGCCACAAAUCAAUCUACUCCGUAUUAUAAAUAGCACCAAAGGCCUUAGCAAUUCCAUCACAUUCAAACUUCUCAAUCUCUUGCAAAGCCUAAAUCAACCCUCUAAAGCAUUCCUUUCUUUUUCUCUCAAGCACAAUUUCCUCACAAAAAUGGCAAUUCGCUUCCCUUCUGUACUCUCUAACACAAAGCAAAUUUGUACAAAAAAUCAACAAGUAGUUCCAAAGGGGUACGUACCAGUUUAUGUAGGAGAGCAAGCUGAUAAGAAGAGAUUUGUGGUGCCACUUUCUUACUUGAGCCACCCCGUAUUUCAAGACUUGCUACAGCGCGCUGAAGAAGAAUAUGGGUUCAAUCAUCCCAUGGGUGCUCUUACCAUUCCUUGCUCUGAAGACACAUUCUUUACUCUUACUUCUGAGCUUAGGUGCUAAUAAUAGAAGAUAUGAACAACAACAUGAUGUUUCACUUGCUGUUCUAAUUUUUUUUGGGUUUAUUUAGAUCAAAUUGAUACCCGGGAAAAAAAAAAAACUGUACAGACUGAUGUAACUUUUUCCCCCCUAUCUGCAUCAUUCAGUGGGGUGGUAUUCAUUUUCUAUACAUUUAUUGAUUCCAUUUUCAGAUCUCAGUUUUACUUAUUUGCAGUUUUCCAGUUUGCCAAGUUCUAUUCAUUAGAAGUGACUUUCUUUAAACAUUUUGGUGAUGCUCACAAUCAAUUAAUAGAUCGAAACUUAUUUUCUUAUUUUCUGGUUAACACUGAAAUAUUAA